UGGCAAGGGGGUUCUUUGCAGGGUGAGGAGAUUGAGGAGCCGGUGACGCCGGAGAAGGGGGUGAUGGAUCCGCCGCUGCCGCCUCCACCACCGCCGGAGACGCCUCCGAUGAUGACGCCGCCAGAAGGGCUGCCGCCGAGGCCCGAGAAGAAGACGGUGGUGAAUGUGCACCAUCAGCAUGCGGCGUCUGAGGGUGCCGUGGAGAUGAAGAAGGGGAAGAUGGUUGAUAGGACGGGGGUGAUGGAGAAGAUGAGCGUGAGCUUGUUGCAGGUGCUGAUGGAUUUGGAUGAUCAUUUCUUGAAGGCGUCGGAGGGUGCACAUGAAGUUUCGAAGAUGUUGGAGGCAAAUAGGAUGCAUUAUCACUCAAACUUUGCGGAUAAUAGAGGGCAUAUUGAUCAUUCUGCCAGAGUCAUGCGGGUCAUAACAUGGAAUAGGUCAUUCAAAGGAAUGCUUAAUACAAUUGAUGGGAGAGAUGAUUUUGAUAACGAUGAAUGGGAAACACAUGCAACUGUUUUAGAUAAGAUGCUGGCAUGGGAAAAGAAACUAUAUGAAGAAGUGAAGGCAGGGGAACUAAUGAAAAUUGAAUACCAGAGAAAGGUGGCUUUACUGAAUAAGCAAAAGAGGCGUGGUGCCAAUGCUGAAUCAAUUGAAAAAACUAAAGCAGCUGUUAGUCAUCUGCAUACAAGAUACAUAGUUGAUAUGCAGUCCAUGGACUCAACAGUGCAUGAAAUCCAGCGUUUGCGGGAUGAUCAGCUGUACCCAAAAUUAGUUGAGCUUGUUGAUGGGAUGGCAAAAAUGUGGGAAACAAUGUAUUCUCACCACGACAGCCAGCUAAAGAUUGUCAACGGCAUAAAAAACCUUGACAUCUUAACCACCGUCAGGGAAACAACCGAACACCACCACGGCCGCACAGUCCAGCUCCACGAUGUCAUCCGAGAGUGGCAAUCUCAAUUUCAAAAGCUCAUAAGCCACCAGAAAGAGUACAUCCAAGCCCUCAACAGCUGGCUGAAGCUCAACCUCAUCCCAACAGAAAGCAACUUAAAAGAGAAGGUCUCAUCACCUCCAAGAGUCCACCAUCCCCCUAUCCAAGAUCUCCUUGUAUCUUGGCAUGAGCACAUGGAGAAACUUCCGGAUGAGCUAGCCAAGAACGCGAUUCAGAGCUUUGUGGCGGUUACGAACACUAUAAUGCUUCUACAACAGGAAGAAUUGAAGCAAAAAGAGAAGUGUGAAGAGCUUAGGAAAGAGUACAUGAAGAAAUCUAGGGCUUUUGAUGAUUGGUAUCAUAAGCAUUCACAGAAGAAGGCAGCAACGGGUGAGGAUAUCGAGGGGGAGAAUCCCGAGGUUGCAAAUCAGAAGGAUUUGGUGGCAGAGAGGAAAUUUGUGGUUGAUUCUUUGAAGACUAGACUGGAUGAUGAGAUUGAAGCUCAUCAGAAGCUCUGUAGACAGGUUAGAGAGAAGUCUCUUGGGAGUCUGAAGUCGCAUUUGCCCGAGCUUUUUAGGGCUAUGUCAGACUUUGCGCUUGCUUCUUCUGAGAUGUAUAGGAGCUUGGGAUCCGUUUCGGCGUCCCAGAAUUCAGAGACUUGAGUAGAUUGAGAAGAAUGUAUAGAAGAUCUUAAAUGUAACUUGAGCUUUUUUUUUCCCUAACCUAUUUUCUUUAUUUUGCUGUUGUAUUGGUUUCUCUUGUGCUGGUGGUAUUAUUUGCCAGGAGAAGAGCCUGAUGUUAAGGUUAUUUUGUUUGCAUUGCUCGCAUGCUAUAAUGUUAUGUUAAUUUUCA